CUCUGCUGGAUCUGGUACCCGGGCAGGGAUUGCUGAAGAGGCCCGCCAUGGAUUACAACGAGUACACCUACUGCUACGGCGGUGGUCGAGGGUGUUUGCUGGACAACGCGGCACCGCGGGGACCGCCCGAUGUGCCACCUCGAAAUCCUACAAUGAGCCGUCUGAACGGAAGACUGCCAGGAAGCCACGCAACCAGCGACCACGAGAGAGACCCUGACCUGGAGCCAUCUUGUCUCGUGCGCACCCCCUCCGGCAACUUCUACAAUAUACCAAAGAUCCCGAAGAAUGAGUACAACAACAAGAACCAGUCCACGGGUAACAGUCCAAUAAAGGUGGAGCUACAGAACAAUAUGGAUAGGGUACCAUUGCCUUACGGUCACGCGCCGUCGAUGAUCCCGAUGAGGAGACAAAGUAUUCGCUGUCACUUCCGCAAGGGGAUCAAAUGGUGCAGCUGGAAGCUGAUCGCCAUCGUCGUGAUAAUGGUAUCACUCUGCCUGACGGCAGCCCUAACCUACGUAGCCGCGUCGAACGUGGUCAACUGGUCUUAUCAAGGAGCUAAGGCAUGCACGGUGUUGGUGAGCAACAACGUGGAGUCCAAGGUCGUCGCCUCGGAGGCGAACAAGACGUCCUCUUCGACGAGCUCUUCAGCUUCCGGACGACCUAGACAGCAGUCCUCGUCGGGAGGUGCAAGGACCUUCCCAGCGAGGUCCUUCCCUCCGGAUGGCACGACUUUUGCUCAAGUCGCCCUCGGCCAGCGACUCAGCAUGGAAAUCCCACCCUAUGGGUACUGGAACAUGCAGUUUUACCAAUCGGAGGCUGCAUACGUUCGUUUUGACUACAGCAUCCCUCGUGGUGCCAGCAUCGGCGUCUACGCACGAAGGAACGCCCUGCCCACGCACACGCAGUACGACCUCCUGGAGGUCCUUAGCGGCUUCAAAGCUCGCACCACCAGGGCCUCACAUCAGCCAUCCAUCAAGAAGGAGGUAACGCAUUACAUGGAGCCCGGCCAUUGGUUCCUCUCUCUGUACAACGACGACGGGGACCCCCAGGAGGUGGCCUUCAUCGCCAUCGUAGCCGAGGACAUGACCCACAACUGCCCCAACGGAUGCAGCGGCAAGGGCGAGUGUCUCCUGGGCCAUUGUCAGUGCAACCCUGGUUUCGGGGGUGAAGAUUGCAGCGAGAGCGUAUGCCCCGUUUUGUGCAGCCAAAGAGGAGAGUAUAUCAAUGGCGAGUGUCAAUGCAACCCCGGGUGGAAGGGAAAAGAGUGCUCUCUUCGACAUGACGAGUGCGAGGUCCCGGACUGCAACGGGCACGGCCACUGCACCAACGGAAAGUGCAACUGCGUCCGCGGGUACAAGGGAAAGUUCUGCGAGGAGGUGGACUGUCCGCACCCCACGUGCUCGGGGCACGGAUUCUGCGCCGAGGGCAGCUGCAUCUGCAAGAAGGGCUGGAAAGGUGCAGACUGCAGCCAGAUGGAUAAGGAGGCCCUGCAGUGCUUGCCCGACUGCACCGGACAUGGCAACUUCGACCUGGAGACGCAGACAUGCCUCUGCGAGCCUCUCUGGUCCGGCGACGACUGCUCCAAAGAACUCUGCGACCUGGACUGCGGCCCCCACGGGCACUGCGUUGAUAACGCCUGCGACUGCAUUACCGGCUGGUCCGGGGAGCUGUGCAACCUGAAGCAAUGCGACCCCAGGUGCAACGAGCACGGCCAGUGCAAAAACGGCACCUGCCUCUGUGUCACAGGUUGGAAUGGGAAGCACUGUACCAUGGAGGGAUGUCCUAAUGCAUGUUCGGGACAUGGCCAGUGUAAGGUCAACGCCGAUGCCCAAUGGGAGUGUCGCUGCUACGACGGCUGGGACGGGAAGGACUGCAGCGUCCUCCUGGAGCAGAACUGCAACGACGGCAGGGACAACGAUAAAGAUGGUCUCGUCGACUGCGCCGACCCCGAGUGCUGCAGCAACCACAUCUGCAGGAGCAGCCAGCUCUGCGUCUCCGCCCCGAAGCCGAUCGACGUGUUGCUGAGGAAGCAGCCGCCCGCCAUAACGGCCUCCUUCUUCGAAAGGAUGAAGUUCCUCAUAGACGAGGGUAGUCUGCAGAACUACGCUCGCCAGGAGACCUUCAACGAAAGCCGUUCAGCCGUGGUCCGAGGUCGCGUGGUGACCUCUCUUGGCACCGGGUUGAUGGGUGUCAGGGUGAGCACCAGCACGCCUCUGGAAGGCUUCACCCUGACGAGAGACGAUGGCUGGUUCGACCUCCUGGUGAACGGUGGAGGAGCCGUGACUCUUCAAUUCGGCAGGUCGCCCUUUAAGCCCCAAAGCCACAUCGUCUUCGUCCCCUGGAACGAGGUCGUCAUCAUCGACAAGAUCAUCAUGAGCACCAUGGACGAGAAGCCCUUGACGCACGUCCCGCACGCAUGCGCGACGCACGACUACGACCUGAUGAAGCCGGUGGUCCUGGCGACCUGGAAGCACGGCUUCCAAGGAGCCUGUCCCGACAAAAGUGCCAUCCUAGCGGAGUCCCAGGUGAUCCAGGAGAGCCUUCAGAUCCCUGGGACAGGCCUGAACCUGGUGUACCACAGCUCAAGAGCCGCAGGAUACCUGUCGACGAUCCAGCUGCAGCUGACCCCCGAGGUCAUUCCUCCAUCCCUGAACCUCAUCCACCUGCGAAUCACCAUCGAGGGCAUCCUCUUCGAGAAGGUCUUCGAAGCCGACCCGGUGAUCAAGUUCACCUACGCCUGGAACCGACUCAACGUCUACCGCCAGAGGGUUUACGGGGUGACCACGGCCAUGGUCAAGGUCGGGUACGAGUACAGCGACUGCAAGGACAUCAUCUGGGACGUGCAGACCACGAAGCUGAGCGGCCACGACAUGUCCAUCUCCGAGGUCGGCGGCUGGAACCUCGACAUCCACCACAGAUACAACUUCCACGAGGGGAUCCUGCAAAAGGGAGAUGGCUCGAACAUUUAUCUUAAGCAUAAGCCCCGGGUCAUCCUGACCACCAUGGGAGAUGGGCAUCAGAGACCGCUGGAGUGCUCCGAUUGCGAUGGACAGGCCUCCAAGCAGAGGCUCCUUGCACCUGUCGCCCUGGCCACCGCACCUGACGGGUCCAUCUUCGUGGGAGACUUCAACCUCGUCCGCAAAAUCCUGGUCGAUGGGACGGUCAGGACUGUGGUCCGCCUUAACGCCACCAGGGUGUCCUACCGGUACCACAUCGCCCUGAGUCCCCUGGACGGAUCGCUCUACAUCUCGGACCCAGAAUCCCACCAGAUCAUCCGCGUAAGAGACACCAGCGACUACUCGGACCCUGACCACAACUGGGAAACGGUGGUCGGUUCCGGGGAACGUUGCCUCCCAGGGGACGAGGCGCACUGUGGGGACGGGGCACUUGCAAGAGACGCGAAACUGGCCUAUCCAAAAGGUGUAGCGGUCUCGGCAGACAACGUCCUGUACUUCGCGGACGGGACCAACAUCAGGAUGGUCGACCGGGACGGGAUCAUCACGACAGUGAUCGGGAACCACAUGCACAAGUCCCACUGGAAGCCGAUCCCCUGCGAGGGCACGUUGAACGUCGAAGAGGUCCACCUGAGGUGGCCGACGGAAUUGGCGAUCAAUCCCCUGGACAACUCGCUGCACAUGAUCGACGACCACAUGGUUCUCCAGCUGGCUCCGGAUGGCAGGGUCAAGGUGGUCGCUGGUCGACCUCUGCACUGUGCAUCGCCGACCUCGACCUUCGACACGGAGCUUGCGACCCACGCUACGCUGGUGAUGCCGCAGAGCAUCGCCUUCGGACCCUCCGGGAACUUGUACAUCGCCGAGAGCGACUCGCAGAGGAUCAACCGGGUCAGGGUGAUCGGUACCGAUGGGAAGAUCUCCCCGUACGCCGGAGCAGAGUCCAAGUGCAAUUGUCUAGAGCGUGGGUGCGACUGCUACGAAGCCGACCAUUACCUGGCGUCGACCUCCAAGUUCAACACCAUAUCGGCCGUCGCGGUUUCCCCGGAUGGGGUGGUCCACAUCGGGGACCAGGCGAAUUACAGGAUCCGCUCGGUGAUGGCCAGCAUCCCCGACGCCAGCGGCGCCAGGGAAUACGAGAUCUACUCGCCGGACACCCAGGAGAUUUACGUGUUCAACAGGUUUGGCCAGCACAUCGCCACGAAGAACAUCCUGACGGGCGAGACCAACUACCUGUUCGCGUACAACGUGAACACGAGCAACGGGAAGCUGAGCACGGUGACCGACGCCGCCGGGAACAAGGUGUUCCUCCUCAGGGACUACUCCAGCCAGGUAAACUCCAUAGAGAACACGAAGGGCCAGAAGUGCCGGCUGAGGAUGUCCAGGAUGAAGAUGCUGCACGAGCUGAGCACGCCGGACAACUACAACGUGACCUUCGACUACCACGGACCCACCGGGUUGCUGAAGACGAAGCUGGACAGUACCGGGAGAAGCUACGUCUACAACUACGACGAGUUUGGGAGACUGACAACGGCGGUUACCCCGACAGGGAAAGUCAUCAGUUUGACGUUUGACCUGAGCCUGAAGGGAGCCACCGUGAAGGUGGGCCAGAACAACCGGAAGCCGGUGUCCAUGCUGAUCAAGGGCUCCUCGGUGGUGACCAAGGUUGGGGAGGCAGAACAAAGGACCAUCGUUCUUGCAGACGGUAGCGUGGAGAGGGUCACACCCUGGACCCACACGGUAAGCACCGACACCAUGCCGUACUCCAUCCUGGCGGAGACGGAGCCUCUUCUGGGUGAGAGCUACCCGGUCCCUGCCAAACAAAGGACCGAGAUCGCUGGAGACCUUGCGAACCGCUUCGAGUGGAGGUACUUCCUGAGGAAGGUGCAAGGUGGGAACAGCAAGAAUCGGGGGAACUCCAAGGCCAUCGCCCAGGUAGGUCGCAAGCUCAGGGUGAACGGCGAGGUCCUCUUGAGUCUGGAGUACGACAGGGAGACCAACACCGUCGCGGUCUUCAUGGACGACCGGGUGGAGCUGCUGAAUGUCACCUAUGACAGGACUGCGAGACCCGUCAAGUGGGGACCCAGGAAUGGCCUCUUCGCCGGGGUCGACCUCGAGUACGACAGGUUCAGCAGGCUCACCAGCUGGACCUGGGGCGACAUCAGCGAGACCUAUGGGUUCGACAGAGCUGGGAGGUUGUACGAGAUCAAGUAUAGCGACGGCACCUCCAUGAUAUACGCCUUUAAGGACAUGUUCAGCAGCUUGCCUCUGAAAGUCACCACACCUAGGGGGAGCGAUUAUCUUCUUCAGUACGACGAGGCGGGGGCGCUGCAGUCGCUCACCACUCCUAGGGGGCACAUCCAUGCGUUCUCUUUGCAGACGUCCCUUGGGUUCUACAAAUAUCAGUACUACUCACCGAUGAACAGGCAUCCUUACGAGAUUCUAUACAACGACGACGGCCAGAUCCUCGCCAAGGUGUAUCCCCAUCAAAGCGGGAAGGUCGCCUACGUCUAUGACCAUACAGGGAAGCUGGAGACCACCCUGGCUGGUCUGUCGUCCAUCCAUUACACCUAUCAGGAAACGUCCAGCCUGGUGCGCAGCAUCGACAUCAAUGAGCCCAACUUCGAAAUGAGGAUCGAGUACAAGUACCACGCUGGAAUAGUAAAGGAUGAGAAGAUCAAGUUCGGUAGCAAAAGUGGAAUGGACAAUGCACAUUACCGGUACCAGUACGACGGGAACGCCAGGAUAUCCGGGAUAGAGGUGGACAUAAACGGGAAGCAGCUCCCCCAACUACGUCUGAAGUACAACCAGAACCUGGGGGUUCUAGAAGGCGUCGGGGACCUGCGGAUCUACAGGAACCUCUUCAACAGAUCGGUCAUGCAAGACAGCAGCAAACAGUUCUUCACGGUGACGGACUACGACGACCACGGCCGGGUGAAGACGGUGCUGAUGAACAUCCGGUCGCUGGACGUCUUCAGGAUGGAGCUGGAGUACGACAACCGGAACCGCAUCAAGCUGAGGAAGCUGACCAUCGGGAAGGAGUCCAUGGAGAAGAAGGAAUGGUCCAGGAUGGACAAGAUCACGUACAACGCCGAUAGCCACGUCCUCGAGGUGGCGGACACCGACAACAAUUGGCAGUACGCCUACGACGAGAAUGGGAACAUCAUUGGGGUGACCGAGCACAACGAGAAGAUCACUCUAGGGUAUGAUAGCGGUGAUAGGGUGGUCCAAUAUGGCGACGUGGAGUUCAAUUCGUACGACGGGAGAGGGUUCGUCGUCAUAAGAGGGGAACACCGGUACCGGUACAACUCCAGGGGUCAGCUGAUCCACGCAUCGGAGCACAAGAAGUUCCAGAUCUGGUACUUCUACGACGACCGAGGUCGGCUGGUCUCCUGGAACGACGACCGGGAGAACAUCACCCAGUUCUUCUACGCUAACCCCAAGACCCCCGACCUGAUCACCCACGUGCACUUCCCGAAGUCGUCGAAGACCUUCAGGUUCCUCUACGACUCCCGGGACUUCCUGAUGACGGUGGAGACCUCGGAGCAGAGGUUCUACGUGGCCACGGAUCAGAACGGCUCCCCGCUGGCGUUGUUCGACACGAAUGGGAACCUCAUCAAGGAGAUGAGGAGGACCCCCUUCGGGAAGAUCAUCAAGGACACUAACCCUGACUUCUACCUGCCCAUCGACUUCCACGGGGGUCUGUUGGACCCCAACACCAAGCUGGUGUACCUGAACAAACGACUCUACGACCCCACCGUCGGCCAAUGGAUGACCCCGGCCUGGGAGCAGAUGGCGAACGAGCUGACGACCCCCACCGACAUCUUCAUCUACCGCUUCAGGAACAACGACCCGGUCAACUCCAAGCAGACCGUCGAGUACAUGACGGAUCUGUCCAGCUGGCUGAAGUUGUACGGAUACGACAUCGGCAGCAUGUUGGGGUCAGAGUACACCAAGGACAUGGUGUACCAGCCCAGCGCUACCAUAACCUCCCCCCAGCUGACCCCAGAAUUUGGAGUCAUGUCCGGUCUCCAGUGUAUAGUCAACAGGGUGCACGAGAAGUUCUCCGACCUGGGUUUCGUGCCGAAGCCGUUGCUGAAGCUAGAGCCUAAGACGAGGAAUUUGCUACCCAGGGUCGCCCACAGAAGGGCCGUCUUUGGGGAGGGCAUCCUAGUGUCCAGGGUCGGAGGCCGAGCGCUGGUCAGCGUCGUCGACGGGGUCAACAGCGUGGUCCAGGACGUGGUGACCUCGGUCUUCAACAACUCCUACUUCCUGCCGCUGCACUUCAGCGUGCACGACCAGGACGUGUUCUAUUUCGUCAAGGACAACGCCCUGAAGAUCAGAGACGACAUGGAGGAGCUGAAGAGGCUGGGGGGCAUGUUCAACGUGUCCACCCAUGAGACCACCGAGCACGGGUCGGGCACCUCGAAGGAGCUGAGACUGCACAACCCCGACGCAGCGGUGGUCAUCAAGUACGGGACCGACCCUGAGCAGGAGAGACACAGGAUCCUGAAGCACGCCCACAAGAGGGCCGUGGAGCGGGCAUGGGAGAUCGAGAAGCAGCUCGUCGUGGCCGGGUUUCAGGGUCGUGGGGAGUGGACCAAGGAGGAGAAGGACGAGCUCAUCAGCAGGGGGAGCAUAGACGGAUACGAGGGCGUGGACAUCCACAGCGUGCACCGGUACCCCCAGCUGGCCGACGACCCUGGGAACGUGGCGUUCACCAGGGACACCAAGAGGAAGAGGCGGAAGAGCGGCAACAGGCGCAACAGGACGCACAGGCACGACUCGUGAUCGCAACGAGCAUGAAGUGCCCUGGGAUCCGACCUUGACCACGUCAGAGACGAAGCCAGGAAGAGGGGAGGCGAGGGGCCCGACCUGGAGGGACGGUGAUGGACUCUUCAAGGCCCAGGUCGGAGCUCGCCCUUCCCCUUCCCUGACCGACAGCCCCGCGCAAGGUCCUCCUCAAGGUCCACGCAGACCUUGAAGUGUCCACGACCGUGAUGUGUCCAGGUGGAGGCCUUGGUGACUUACCGAUCAUGGACUGCCCCCGAGGACGAUCUCCCUCCGUCUCUCCUGGAGAGGUGGGGCCCCCUUCGAGGUCCUCUUCAGGGUCCUCUUCGGGGUCCUCUUCAGGGUCGACUGGACUCAACCUAGCCCGGCAUCGCCUGGAUGACGGAUUCGUGCAUCGCCAACCCCACUCGUCGUCGCCGAAGUGUCGAGCCCCUGCUCGAGGCGAAGAUGGCGAACAUUUUACCUCCUGGUGGACAUUUUGUAAAGUCGUAGUCUAAGCUGACGGAGCCGAUCCUCGAGUUGCUCGCGGACUUAUUUCCUGGUUCCCUCAUCGGGGGGACCUCGAGGCUCGACGAUGACGUUGAUGGGUGCUGGAUGACGCUCUCGUGCUGCCAUUAGAGGAAAAUCGGUCCUUUAGGUCUUCGGAGCGCCUCUUUAAAGAGGGGGUCGCGGCAAAGAGAGCAUUCGGGAGAUAUUUUUAAGGGUGCGUGAUUAGAGACCUACGAGGCGAUGUACAUAGGGCUAAUCGGUCGAUAUACAUAUAAAUACGGAUGGUAUAUAUAUAUUAUAUAUAUUACGUAUAUAUAUUAUACAUAUACACGGUAUAAAUGUAGAUAUAUGACAUUGUAUCGCGAAUGGGCGGCGCACUCUCAAUUCGAACUGUCGAUAAAUGCUUUUUUAUAUGUAUACAACGUUAUCAUCGUAGUAGGGCCAGCGUAUCGUCUAGGAUAAGGUGGAGGCGCGCACUUCAGUGGGCCGACCUCCGGUUCAUCCGACUGUCUAAAACGAAAGUUUCCUAGGGACUCUAGAUCGGCCGAGAAGGGGAGAGAAAAUGGGGAAAAACGGAAAAAACAUGGUGGCGAGGUGUGCGAGGUGAAGUGCUCCCUUGGAUCGAAAUUAUGAACAUUUGAACAAGGCCUACUUUCGCCGGUCGAGAGACGCAUAUACGCGCUAGGAGUUUUGUAUAUAUAUACAUAUUGAUAUUAUAUAUUCAACUAGAGUCAGGUCGACGUUGCGAGAUAUCGGUGCAUGGAGUGGCCAAUAUUUUCCGUGAAAAUUUGAGUCAUCUUGAGUCCUGCUUUACGUGCAAUCAACCAUACGAUAUUUGUAGCAAUCUAUCGCCUGCUGUACGGUGAAACAUGGGUCCUAAUUUAAUGAUAAUCCGUGUUUUAAUCAUUUCUAGACCCGGCCGAGGGACGCGAAAGGAAAAGCGUAAUCGUUAGACCUUUCUUUUUUCAUUCAGUUGUCCCUAUUCUCGAGGUAACACCUGUUGGUCACUCUAUUUACGGGGAAAAAUGUGAUUAGAUAGGAAUUACAAUCGACGAUUAGGCGGGAUUUCCCAAUUACGCUGUCGAGACGCGGAUUUACACGUGAAAAUCCAUUAUCAGGUUGCCAUGUAAUCACAUUCCCUCCGUGCAUGAGACGAGCGACCCUGAAGGAAUGAUAAGGAUAAGUGAGAUUCGUCGAGAGGUACCCAGUAAGAGGCCUCGAGUCCAGGGGGAAUAAUUAUGGGGAACGAGCGGAGGGAGAGGACCGUCAGAGAAGAUAAGAAUAGAGGAGAUGCCCCGCCUAUCUUUCUACUGAAAAUGAAAAAUUAUUUUUUGAAUUGUGUCGUCGAAGUCCUAACUGAGUGUUAAGAGAGGAGAGGAGGUCCCUUGAAACCGAACCUCGGCCUGGGGCUCGAGGGCGCCCCUUCGACCCUGAAGAGGGGGUCCCCGAUGCCGAAGAAGGGGGUUCGGCCCGAAGUAACCGAUAGAAAGUAAACCAAGUAAUAGGGGAUGCUGCGAGCCAACGUGCGCGAGCGGUCGCUCCACCGUUGUGUUCUAAUUAGGUGUAAAACAAGAUACAUAAUCAUACACGCAACUCGUUGAUAAGAAAUAGUCGACGUAACAGGAGGAGGAAGAGGGGCGAGCGGAGGGCAAGAUCGGCCUUGAGGAACGGCGCGACCGACGCAAGACAAACCUGAGGGUGUCACCGAUUUAUCAUAAUUUUUGCGUAAUUUUUCGACGUACUUUUCAUUCAUGAAAUCGCUCCUGAAAUGCGGGAGAUGGACUCGGCCCGUCUCGCGGCCGGUCUUGCGUUGCGCGGGUCAGGGACUCAAGGCCGCCGUAUAGCGAUUUCCGCCGCGUACGCUGUACAUAUCCAUUCUUGUAUAGCUGCACACGCAACACGAAAGCAGGAUGGGAUCCUUCUGUACACCGUCGUCCUGGUGCGUCCUUAAAAAAAAAAGAGGGAAAUGAAAGGGGACGGUCAUUCUACUAAGUGGAGGCGAAAGGGUUCUAAUGAAAUCCUGGGAAAAAUCGUUCACGUCGGGAAUCACCCGGAAGUGGAUCUUUGUAGGGGAUUCCGGAGGGUCCAGGACCUCCCGGGAUUUCCCGGAGGGUUGAACGGAAUUCUGGAAACGGCGACGCAGGACGAGGGGACGUCAGAGAGCAAAAUAGUCUUGUACUCGAGAGUAACUUUACGCUUAAGAAUGCAUUGUUUCCUCGCAGGCGCGUCGUGCGCUCGAAAUCGAUUUUUUAGUUCGUCGAGAAACGCCUCCGGGUCUUUCGCGAAGACAGAGAGAAAGGAAGAGAAAAGAGAGAGUGAGAUAAAUGUGGACGCGUGACAAAGAAAAGCAAUACUUCGUAACUACCGCGUACGUGUCGAGAGCGAAUGGGAGGGAGAGAAAGAGAGGGAGAAAAGUGAGAACGGAGAGAAUGAGAAGAACGAGAGAGCGAAUGAGAGAAAGAGAGACAGCCCGAGCACUAACUAUAAAUGAGUAUAAUAAAGUCGUGUUAACGAUAGUUGGCGAUUUAGAGGGCGAAGAGGAGAUAAGGAGUCUUAGUCAGAGCAAGAGAGUAAGAAGGGAAGGUCUGCUUUGGUCAUUCGUUUCUACCCUGAAGAGCCAAUCGGCCCGGUGUAAAUAAAUUACAUGUAUUCCCCUCUUCGGCGAAUCCAACGGAGAAGGAGUCCCGAAGAAGAGCGGGGAAGCCGAAGAGACCAUGAAGAGGGUUCGCCCUCUUCGGUCGGCAUUUCUUUUCUUUCCGAAUAAAGAAGGGAGAAGGGUA